AUGAAUCCCCAACACAUUCGAAUCGCAUCAGUCGACCUGGGCUUUGAGCAAGACGAUCAAGAGGUCGGAGACUGCUUUAUAGGCAAGCGAAACGUUAUUGCUGUUCAAUCAGCUCUGAUUCGCGGCGAGGAGGAGGUCUUCCUUUUUAACUGGAAAUCGUUUCCACAGCACCUGUGGCAAUAUGUCUCCCCCUGGGAUCAACGUCCCAUAGGCCAAGAGACUGUCCACCAUUUCACAGAUUUUCCAAAGCGCGACGCACCCUACGAUCCACUUGGCCCCCUUUCACAAGAUGCCCGAAAGAUGAUAGAAAACAAACGUUGGAAUGGCAUGAAUUUCAAGUUAAUCAAGGUACUUGCCCAGGGUGGUCACGGAUACGUCACACUAUGGGACGUCGUUUUUGAGGAUAAGUCUGUCAGGAGGGUCGUGAUCAAGAGACCUAUAGACUCUUCGACUAAUUCUUUCGAUCCUUACAAAGAAGCCGAGUUUCACUUGCGGUAUGACGGUGCUCAACACACGACACAGGUUAUCGACUUACAUCGCGAAGUGGUGGAUAUACGCAACCGUAUGAUGAAAAAUGGCACUAUUGGGGCCUGUGCUCUCAGAGUUGGAAAAGAUUGGAAGGCCGAAGAACAGAAGUGUGUUGUCUUUGAGUAUAUGAAGUUCGGGGACAUGGUCAACAUCAUGCAAACGGUCGCCACGAGAAACGUUCAGAUCCCAGCCCAAGUUCUCUGGGGAAUUUGGGAAUGCCUUGUACUUGCUCUCGCAACCAUUGCUUAUACGCCGUCCGACAGCUCUGGCAACUCCAGUUUUGAAACGUGGUGGAAAGACGUAGUAUCUGAUAGGGACGAGGCAAUGGCCUUCCUCGACCAUGUGGAAAGAGAUUGGAAAAUCGAGCACGAUGUUCAUCUCGAUCUAGAAGUUCUCAAUGUUCUUGCGGGUCAUGAUCCAGCUACGCAUCCUAAUCAGCCUGUUUUCAAGCUCCAUGAUCUCGGUGCCUGGAGCUACAAAAUGAACCAGUUUUGGGAGAGUCACAACGAAGACGAAAUUUGGUCCAUGAGAGACCCUGUUAAGCCUCAUGCCGCGACACCGGAGCAAUUCUGUAGAGAUUGGGAUAGUAUUCGCGUCAGCUUACCGGAGCCUACCUUGAGACAAUUCUUUGGGGGUGAAGACUUGGAAAAGGAUGGGGGGAUGGAGGUAGCCGGCCGUUUUGGGAUGUGGACCAACAUAUUUCUUAUUGCCAAAGUUAUGGAGUCCAUCAUUACGAGAGAAUUCAGCAGGUUUCCUUACAAAGCUGUUGACCAUGAUGAAACAAACAAGCCGACACAUGGAGGGAGACUUCAGACCCCACAGUUCCAGCACAUCGACAUGGAAUUGCGGCAGAUCGUGACGAGGUGUCUGCACGAGAAGCCUAAAGAUAGGCCCCUUAUUACCCAGCUUUUGAGGAAUAUUUUGGGCCGAAAGAAGCAGGGCUUCAAUAAUGAAGGCCCAGAGUCUGUUCAUCAAUGGUGGAAAGCCCUCUUCGAACCUCAAGCGCCAAAGCCUAUCCCUGCACAAGCACCACCUCAGAAUCCUGUUAAGCAGGCCGUGGUAGCCUCUGCCGCGAAAGGAGGGUUAGCAAUCGCGUCUCACAUGGUGCAAGCAGUUGGAAACCAAGGCGGGUCGAAUCAACCCCAAGCUCCUCGUAAUACUCCUCCUCACUUACGAAGGGCCCAACCUAAUAAGAAGGAGCCUCCUGCCCAACCUCUAGUUCAGCCUCAAGUCCCUCCUCAGGUUCAGCCUCAAGCUCCUCGUGCUACUCCUCCUCACUUACGAAAGCCUCCAUUUGACCAACGAAGGGUUCAGCCUGAUCCCAGCCCCAAGGUCAACGUCAAGGUCAACGUCAAGGCCAGCGUCAAGGCCAGCGUCAGGGUCAACGCCAAUGCCAGCAUCGAGUUCAGCCCCGAGCCCAGCAGCCCCCAGCCCGGCCUCAAGUUCAGCCUCAAUUCCAACAUCAAGCUCACUGGCCUGGACCUCAGCCUCAAGUUCAACCCCAAGCCCGGCCUCAAGUCCAACGUCAAGCUCAGCAGCCUCAAGUCCAGACUGGAGCUCAUCCUUAUGUUCUCCCUCACCUACGAAGGGGCCAACAUAACGUAA